AUGGAUUAUGUAUCUCAAGGUAUAACUGGAUCACAGGAAAAGUGGACAGAUUGUUUGAAGAAUGUAGCUCGAUUUGUGAAAGUAGAAAAUGGGCAUUUAACUGUGAAGUUUGAUGAGAUUGGUGUAUUAUCAUUUGGUCACAAAGUAUCUGGUGUUCUGGCUACAAGUGGAUUUCAAAAUUUUAGCCUUCAAACCCUUGUCACUUUUUGUUCUGGGUUAACAGAAGUAUUCCAAAACCUAUGGCAACCACCAACCACUUUAAGUGGGGGAGACUAUGAAAUUUUGGCACGAGUGCUCCUUGGUUUUCAAUCAGUGGUAAUCUUUGGUGUGAAGGCAAUAACCCCAUCAAUCAAACAGGCUGUUGUUUACACACCGUUUUACAUUGAAAAGGCUUUGGAGGAUGGUAGAAAAAUCGGGCUUCCUGUGACCUUAGAGCACAUAUCUGAUGCCACAAUGGAGACAGCACACAAGCGCCCCAAAGAAGGCAACUUUUUAUUCAGUGGUGGACGGGAUGUCCCAGCUGAUGUUAUUGAGUACCAGACAUGUGUUCUCACUCAACUUUUCCAAAACGAGAUCUAUAACAUCUGGGACAAAGGCAAUCAGAUUAAAAAGAAGCGAUCAAAACUAGCCCAUUCCGAAGCAGAGCCUCAAGAAGUUAAAAGAAGAAGAGUUGUGGUAAAAAAUUGCUAAUAGACUUAUGAAGUGCUGACAUCUAUAUUGUCCCAAAUGUUGGGAAAUUUAUCUAUUAUGCAAAAAUUUUGUGAUGUAAGCACUUCAAAGGUCUAUUUACCCAAUGGUAUUUAACCCAUUGAGCCACCAUGCCCCCCUGUGCGCCUUACUUAUUUUUUUUUACUUGUCUAACGCCAGACGAUUUUACUCGUCAACGGGAAGCUCUGCAGCUUAAUGGGUUAAAUACUUCCCAAGCUAUUAACACUUGCUAAUUAGCCCAGAACUAUAACAAAAAGGGCCCAACACUGCAUUUUACUUUACCAUCAAAAUUGUCUGCUAUGAUUAUACCUAGAGAAUAUAAUAAUUUUCCUAUACUCUUAAUUCCAGCUACAACAAAAGUUCUAAAAUAUUCAGCAAUACAACAUAACCAUUUCCACUAUCCACAGUUGGUAGGGUCAUCAGCGUCACAAGUUAAGUCUAAGGAAAAAUAAAGACAAAAUAUACUGUUUAGUUAUAUAAUAUUAAUAAACAUUUAUUUGGAGCCAAACAAUGGGGUGUAGAAUUCAGGUGCAAGCUAGUGUGGGACCAAUAUGGCAUAUGGUCUAAGUCACAAUGUAACCUACUAGGCCCUACUAUAUUCAUCUACUCUGUCAAACUCCAAACCAUUUUUAUUUAUUUAUGGCAAUCAUUCAUGCCCUUUCAUGCCUAAUACAUGCAUAAUCAAUGUCUUUCUCUAGCCUAGUAAUUACUCUGUGCCAUCUAUGGAAUACUAGACAAAUCUACCAAUUUAAUUUUCACAAUUAACUUUAUUCAUUUGUAUAGUUACCUUUUGAUACCAAUGAAGGAAGUUGUGAGCUGGAUGAAGUUAACCCUGAAUUCGAAUCAUCUCAAUCAGUAGAAGCACAUUCAGAGGUAAGAUGCACCAUUGGAAAGGUCUUUUUUUAACAAUUCCAGUAGUUUAUGAACAUUAGAAAGCAUUUAAACUUGUCAUAUUCACACCAACUGUCAUUUAUAUAGCUUUUCACCACCUGUAUGGAUGAAAUCCUAGACGAAAAUACAUCACAGGACGAAAUCAGUAGCUAUCAUCAUGGUUAA